UUGCUGCCUACUCUGUGUUGAGAUAGAUUUGAAAUAAUUUGUUGUUAGUUUCGAUUUCAAAUAAACAUACGUAACUACAUGACAAAAUAGUAACUUAUGGAGGACGCGUCUAUGCCAGUUGUUGGCGUUGUAAUAGCGAUUGUGUCUAGUUUUAUCAAUGGAUCAACGUUUGUGCUCCAGAAAAAGGGAAUACUUCGUGCUCGUAUAUCAGGUAGGACGUACCUGUCCGACUGUUUGUGGUGGUGUGGAACACUUGCAAUGAUAGUGGGCCAGAUAGGCAACUUCUUGGCCCACAAUACAGCACCAGCAAUACUGGUAACUCCUCUUGGAGCUUUGGGUGUUCUGUCUGGAGCUAUCCUGGCCUCCUGCUUACUACAGGAACAUCUGAAUAUCCUCGGAAAACUUGGAUCUGUGUUGUGUUGCUGUGGGUGUGUGCUCAUCAUUCAUUCACCAAAGUCUGAGAGUGUAGCAUCAAGAACUGAAUUAGAGGAGCGACUUCUCGGACCAGUGUUCCUGAGCUACAUUGCAUUGGUUGUCCUGUUGCUGGCUGUACUGAUUGGCUGGCUCUCUCCAGCUUUUGGACAGUCCAACAUCAUGGUGUACGUGAGCAUCUGUUCCCUCCUGGGGAGUUUCACUGUGCCCAGCUGCAAAGGUCUAGGACUGGCUGCAAAGGAGGCUUUCAGUAACUUCAGUACAGAUAACAGAGCCCUAUACCUCUUUUUGUGCUUGCUGGGAAUUCUCAUCGUCAGCAUUCUCAUCCAAUUUGCUUUCAUCAACAAAGCCUUGGAGAGUUUUAGCUCCAACAUGUUUGAGGCCAUUUAUUAUGUAGUAUUCACAUCCUCAGUGAUCAUAGCCUCUGCCAUUCUUUUUAGAGAGUGGGAAACAUUAAGCAUUUUUGACUGUUUGGGUAUUCUGAGUGGAUUCAUCACAGUUUCAGCGGGUGUUACCUUGUUGAAUAUAUCACAGGGUGCUGUGCUCAUGUGGAGUCCAGCUAAAGUUAAAAAAGAGUAAUUAACAUUUUAUUUAUUCAUAUAAUUAGAGUUUGUGCAAACAUCCUAUAGUGUCAUUGUUUACUCAUAAAAAACAGUCAAGAACUAGACCUCAGAUAAACUCCUAUUUAUUUUGUAAUUCAUGAUUGCUAAAUUCUACUUGAAAACUAUCUGCCCUAAAGAAGGUUCAGUAGGAUUUACUUUAUUAAUGCUUAUUUAUAUAUUAUAACAAUGUAAAUAUUUAUAGCUUGUUUUUUAUUGUUCAUUCUGUUUUAAUAAAUUGUUAUAAUUAUUUACUCAGAAGAAAAGUUCCUGGGCUGUGUGUAAAAACUAGUACUGUUCACUGCAUGCUCAGUUUACACUAUUCAGCAUACUUUUGAGACAUAGUUAUUCAGUACACACAUAAUAGCAAACUUACUGCAACCAUAACCACAACUCGCUAACUAGUUGUAAACCUGUUAAGUACAUUUAUAUUUAUUUAUUUAGAAAACACAUUUAAAACCACAGUUGUUGACCAAUAUACUGUACAAAGUGAACAGUUUUACUGAAGGUACAAUAGACAACACAUAGAUCCAACAGAAUCAGUCAUAUUGUCUACCCUCUUUACAUAAAUAUUAUAAAAAAUACUAACAUAAAAGUAUGGUUUAAAUCUUGACAUGAAAGCAGUAAAUGAGGGGACACAGCUAAUGUUUUGUGAUAUUCUGUUUCACUGUCUCAGCACAGAAAUUGCAAAGACAUGGUCACCUUUGAGCUUUAGCUGAGAUUGUGGAACAGUCAAAAUAAUCUGAAGACUUCAACAACCUGGGUCCCAAGGGGGGAAGAAAUUAGUCAUAUAGGAAAGGGUUUUGCAUU